AUGCUUCGCCGUUCCUUCUUCCGCAUGGCUGGCCUGGACAAGGUUAUGCCGUUGGGGAAGGCCCUUGCUGACGUCAAGAAUGGGGCCUCACUCGCCGUUGGCGGCUUUGGAACGUGCGGCAUGCCGCACGCACUUGCAACGGAGCUGAAGCGCAGUGGUGUCCGGGACCUCUGCAUCUACAGCGAUGGUGCCGGUAUCGAUGGCUACGGUAUUGGUUUGUUGUUUGAGGAUAAACAAAUUAACAAGAUAAUCGUAAGCUACGUCGGUAACAACAAGAUUUUCGCACAGUCGUACCUGAAAGGCGAUGUGGAGCUAGAGUUUUCCCCACAAGGCACCCUUGCCGAGAGGAUGCGUGCAGGUGGUGCUGGCAUUCCCGCUUUUUACACCGCCACUGGUUUUGGUACAGUGGCGCAGACUGGUGGUCAGAUCACGAAGUACAACCCGGAUGGCUCCGUCGCCUGCGAGUCUGCUCCGAAGGAGACGCGCUUUAUAGACGGCCGCUGGUACGUCAUGGAGCGCGCCAUCCGCACCGACUUCUCCCUUGUGAAGGCGUGGAAGGCGGACAGGAGUGGCAACCUUGUGUUCCGUGGGACCUCUCGCAAUUUCAACGUCCCAGCCGCUCAGUGCGGCCGCACCGUAAUUGUGGAAGCAGAGAACCUCGUGGAAAAUGGCGAGUUGGACCCGCACGAGGUGCACCUGCCGGGCGUUUACGUGGACCGCGUUGUGGUGCCUGAGCGGUACAAUACACUGAUUGAGAAGCGCACGAUCUCCCGUCCCCACUCCACUGAGAAGCGAGCGGCAAAAUCGAAGGAGGAGGAGGCCCGCGAACGCAUUGCACGCCGUGCUGCGCUCGAGUUUGCCGAUGGCAUGUAUGUGAACUUGGGUAUUGGCAUUCCGACAGAUUCCGCCAAUUACAUUCUUCCGGGUGUGAAUGUGGUGCUGCAGUCUGAAAACGGUCUUCUUGGCAUGGGCCCCUUCCCCGAGGAGGACAAGGUGGAUGGCGAUUUGAUCAACGCAGGUAAGCAGACCGUCUCGUACCUCCCGGGUGCCUCCCUCUUUGACAGUGCAACCUCCUUUGCAAUGAUUCGUGGUGGGCACAUGAACAUCACGAUGCUUGGCGCUCUUGAGGUAAGUGCCAACGGAGAUCUUGCCAACUUUAUGAUUCCCGGCAAGCUGGUGAAGGGCCCUGGAGGCGCGAUGGAUCUUGUUUCGAGCGGAACUCGUGUUGUUGUGACAACGAUGCAUUGCAACAAGAAGGGUGUUUCUAAGAUUGUCGAGCGCUGCAAAUUGCCGGUGACUGGCAGGAACUGUGUCAACCGCAUCAUCACUGAAUUCGCCGUCUUCGACGUGGAGAAUGGCCAGCUUGUGCUGAAGGAGGUCGCUGAGGGCGUCAGCGUGGAGGAGGUGAAGAAAAUGACGGCUGCCGCCUUCCUUGUGAAGGAAGUGAAGACAAUGCCGCAGGCGCCCAUCCCGCCAGGCAUGAUGUAA